CCUUCCACUCCAAAUCCACAUCAUGAGAAAUCAAGGCAAUCGAGAAUACGAUAGCACCGAGAACCGCGCUCAAAAUCUACGCACGUGCCGUCAAGCAUAACGCUUUCCUAGUUUUUUUUUACGUUAAUUUGUAGCCGAUAAUUUCCACCUGGAUCAGCCUGCGCUGGACAUCCCACUGCAUCCGCUUGCUUGCUUGGUCGCUACCAACCUAUGCAGCAACCCACGCGAGAGACGCAGAGAUGGAAAGCUCGAGCAUUAGCGACUUUUGCCUGUUCAUUCCAAGACUCAUUCUCAUUUGUGCUUUAAAGUACUCAAACCAACAACUUCGGACUCUUAAAUCUGCCAACCACUUCACCAUGGCCCAGUACGCGGCUGAAGAUGCGACUUCUACACCUACGCAGGAAACCUCAGAUGUCGACAAGGUCGAGAACGGAUACGCCAACAUGCCUAGCACCCCCAAAGCGACGGAUCUCCUCCCCACUACGACCAACAAGCGCACGGGUAUGUACCGGUUAGCGGUGCAGAGCGUGCAUCUGCGCGAAUGCUUCGCCGAGUUCCUUGGUACCUUCGUCAUGAUCGUGUUCGGCAUGGGCGUCAAUAACCAAGUGACCAACUCACAACAAGCCAACGGCACGUGGCUCAGUAUCAACAUUUGUUGGGGUAUCGGUGUGAUGAUCGGCGUCUACUGCUCCGAAGGUGUCAGUGGUGCCAACCUGAACACAGCUGUGACAUUGGCCCACUGCGUCUACGGCCGCUUACCAUGGUGGAAGGCCCCGGGUUACAUGUUUUCGCAGUUCCUUGGUGCCUUCUGUGGCGCGUUUGUGAUCUGGGUCAUGCAGUGGCAAAACUUGAACUUAAUCGACCCGAACCGAGAAACCACACAGAGCAGCUUCGCUACGUACCCUUCUGAGGGUAUUUCCAACUAUACAGCUUUCUACACUGAGUUCGUUGGCACAGCCAUGCUGGUACUUAGUAUCUACGCCAUUACAGAUCAGAAGAACCGUCCAGCCGGUAAAUACGGCAACGCGUUUGCCUUCGCUCUCAUGAUCAUGGCUCUGGGUAUGGCUUUCGGUAUGAACACGGGUUACGCUGUAAAUCCAGCUCGUGACUUCGGUCCUCGUCUGUUCACAUUGUGCGCUGGCUGGGGCUCGAAGGUGUUCACAUCGCACCAUUAUUACUUCUGGAUCCCCAUUGUAGCGGACCUUCUUGGUGGUGUCGCCGGCGCCGGCCUCUACCGUCUUUUGGUGGAGAUUCAUCACCCCCAGGCACCAUUGUUUUAAGUAGAAAUUCCUAAAAAAAAUUAAUAAAUACAAAGAAUUAACUUAGAAAAAAUGUUGAAGGCCUGGUCACAAAAUUUCACUUAUUGAAAUUCUCAC